GCAUUCAGUUCAUCGCAGCCCCGCCAUGGGUACGGACACGGUUCAUCUUCCUCCGGAGCUUUGGGAUCGGAUUUUCGACCUGCUGCCGUUCAAGCACCAGCUCGAAAAGGCCACCGUUUGUCACGCUUGGAACAACCGGGUCGCCAGGUGGGCCACUCUGCGCCUCUCGUGUCCCACCACUAGAAUCGAGGAACACUAUUCCAUAGUCAGUAAAUCGCUCCGAAACUACAGGAGUUUCUCGGCGGAGACGAUUCGUACCGAAGAGGACUACCAGUGUGUCCAGAAAGUUUUACAAGAGUGUCAGCGUAAAUUUUGCGUGCAACGAUUUCGCUUCUGGUACGUUACUGGUGCAAUUUUCGAGCGAUUCUUGAGGGAACACUUUGAAUGGUUCCGUUCGGCGCGAUGUCUUGUGGUGAACCUGUGCGAAGAGGAGCCCUUUCCGGUGGAUGUUUUGCGCGAGUUAACGGGUUUACGGGAACUUCGAUUGCUCAAUUUGAGUGACGUGACCGUGGAUUGGUCCGCGAUUGCCAUUCGAUCUGAACACAUCACUAAACUAACGAUAGACGCAGCGUGGUACUUCAACGACGAAGCCCUAGAGCAAUUGGUGGAAGCCAUAUGUAGAUGUCGUAAUCUGACUGAGUUGACUCUUCGCUCGAACGAUACAACGAGUUUGGGAAUGCUAGCAGAAUCUCUGGGUAGAUUAGAAAAACUCACUUUAAUGGGCCUGCACAUACGACUGGUCGAAGAUUCGCUCCAUUUUCCGAGCUUAAUAUAUUUUAAUUUCGACAUCGAUUGGUUUGUGUUCGAGAAACCUUACCUCGUUAUAAAGUCACCGCGCCUACAGACUCUUCUAAUAUGCAAGCGAACGAUUCCCUUUGUCAAGUUCCCCGACAGCAGUCAACUCUCGAGAUUGCAUUUGUACGGUUACAGCCUGUCGAUGGCCCAUCCAUGUUUCACGACGGUGAAAGAUCUCACGCUAACCACGUGCGAACCGGCCAACCGAGAGGCCAUCAUGGAGGAGAUACAGCUUUUCCCCAGCAUUGAGUACCUGUCGGUGAAACUGCGAUGUAAAAGCUGUACAAUAGUGGUACCCGAGGCUGCCACUUUUCAGCACGUAGUCCGCUUGCAUUUGAACAACUUUGUGCUUUCGAUGGAGUUUUUCGCGGAUAUUGCGCGAAUGAAGCUGCUAGAGCACUUAUCGGUAGAAGAGUGCAACUUUUCGCUGGACCCAUCGGAUGAGGUCCCACUGCUAUUACCUCAUCUCAGUUACUUCAACGUCAAACGGGUAUCGAUGCCAAUGACGGUGGACAGCUUUCCGAUAAUCGGCAACGAAGACCAGCCGCCCGUCGUCAUUGUGGACAAGCUUCGAACGCAUCUGUGGCGAAGCGACAACUUCAACCACGUGUUCAGCUCGCGUCGUGACUGAUGAUUUGGCAGCACUGGAUGGCUACUACUACUACAGAUACUGUUAUCUCACGCACAAAACGUAAACAUUGUUCAUUCUUCAUUCACAACUUCAUUCAUCUACUUUGAACGCAAACAGCUGAUACGGGUGUCAAAUGCGGCAACAGGGCAAAAUACACCCCCGCACAGAAUCACGAAAACGUAAACAAAUGGCGCUUCCAGUAGUCGCGCAAUAAUUUCAAAGGGGACAAGUUGUCGUUCGAUUUGUUGCCGGCGGAAAUCCUGCAGAAGAUAUUCGAUUAUGUGCCACGAGCCGAGCAGUUGCAGAAACCGUCCAUUAGCCGCCGUUGGAACCAGUUGCAGUUAAGGGAAACGUAUCUGAUCCUGGCCUAUGGAGAGCAGGUAAUCAACGAGAGGAUACUUCGGCGGACGAAACGAGGAUACUGUUGCUUCUCGAUUGAGUUCAGCGAGCCGUUUGAGGAGUUGAAGCCUCGGUUGCAGAUUUGUGCGGAGAAUUUCUUCCUGCGGAAGCUGAUUCUUGACGGUAUCCAGUCGUACGCGCUGUUAUUGUUUGCCCAAGAAUACCGCCAAUGGUUGCGAAGUGUGGUCCAUUUUUCCGUGACGGUGUCCAACAGAGACGGAUCUGGAAACGGAGAGGAACAUUUGGAUCUCCCACGGUUGAGGGUUUUGUCCUGGACGUGCAACGCCGAAGAUGGGAACAAGACACUCCCGAAAUUUGUCUUGAACGCACCGGUGCUCGAAGAUGUGUAUGUGGAAUGCAGCGGAGAAGUGGACCAGGCGCCGUUAGUCCUGGAACACACGACUAAUCUCAAAUCGUUGGGAAUAUUCGUUCCUAAGCUGAUCCCCAUUCUAUUCCCAAACGGAUUGCUCGUCCUAGAUUGCCUAAGAAUCUACAAUGCGGUAAGACCGUUUGCCUGGAACCUAGACCAGCUCAUGCUUCCCCGGCUGACGGUUCUGGAGCUCUGUGGUUGUACGAUUAGCAGCGAAUCUUUAGCUACCUUGCGGAACUUCCCUCUCCUAGAAACCCUAAUUAUCCAAACGGAGACAACGCACCUAAUCAAUCUCCACCAAAUAGCCAAUGCCUUACCUAAACUGAAACAGCUCCGACUGUUCGACGUCAAGUGGACACACAAUCCAGAGGCGCUGAUUUUCCCAUCUCUCCGAAUCCUGGACGUAAACGACACCACGCAGAACGGAGACGGAUGGCCCCUAGAAAUCACCGCUCCCCAUCUAAUCACACUCAAAGGCACCGCCCUCAACCUCCUCGGUUUCGAACUGGCCAACCCCUCCUCGGUGAAGUGUCUCAUCCUCCACGGUCUGUACCUCAACUACUUCCAACCUCGCCUGUUUGCCUCGGUCAUGAUCCUGCACAUCGACAUCACCUGCGACGGCCGGCAGCUCAUGAUAAACGAGUGCAUCCACCAGUUUCCGAUUCUCACCCGGCUGACGCUGGUCCUGCACGGGAAGCAAUCGCCGGUGUCGCUCAGCGGACAUCUGCUGGCCAUCAGUUUCGUCAACCUGCGCUACCUGCAUCUGCGCAAUUUCGAUUUGGACUACAACUUCCUGGUCGGAAUGGGGAAGUGCCUCAAGCUGAGGACGUUAAUUCUGCAGGACGGAACGCUAACUGUCUCGUCGGACGACAGACCGGUGUACUUUUCCGACCAGCAGCACUUCUACCUGCAGAACGUGAAGAUUCCGCCGGAGGUAAUGUCCUUUCCGGUGUUCAACCCUCCGACCAGGAUGAUUCUGGCGCUCCCGGAUGGCAACGUGUUCAGCACCGUCAAGUGGGACGAACAGCAUAUUAAGAGUGCCGAGGAUUACGUUACGUUUUUGCUUGGGUGAGAGUUACUUCUCAGUGGCAUAUGAUCAAAAGUCGUUUUCUGUAUGGUUUUCAACUAUUUAUCAAGUGUAUUUCUUUGCAUUUUUCUGAUGUUUAAUAUAUACGAGUUUAUGAUUAA